UUUUCCACAUUUGAAUGCAGUUGAAAAACAGAAGUUUCUCGACUGAACUCUAUAUGCCGAUGGCAACGGGAGACAGCGUCAUCUUUUUUUCCUGUGACGGCGCCAACCGCUGAAGAAGUGACCAAUGAGUCAGCAGCUGACAGGGGUUCAUUUACGAAACGAACCUAUAUAUACAAAAGAAACACAAGAAGCUGCCGAGAAAACCGUCCUCGCGGGAUAAACACUCGAUAUAUUUAUUUUUUUAAAUAAAGUUUUUCUUUUUCAAAACUGGCGAUGGCAGUUCCCGCCGCUGCUCUCCAGCUGAGCUCUCAACACAACCUUCGGGAUUUGGGAAGGAUCCCACAUGACAGCGACAGCGACACUCUGCCUUUGCAUUCUCCGUGGACUUUCUGGCUCGAUAGAUCUCUCCCGGGUACGACAGCGGCAGAAUGUGAAUCAAACUUGAAGAAGAUCUACACUGUGGAAACUGUCCAGAGCUUUUGGAGAGUUUAUAACAACAUCCCCGGUGUCUCCAGUUUGCCCCUAAGAUGCAGCUAUCAUCUCAUGAGAGGUGAAAGGAAGCCUCUGUGGGAAGAAGAAAGCAACGCUAAAGGCGGCGUUUGGAAGAUGAAAGUAUCCAAAGAGUGCACUCCUUCGGUGUGGAAGGAGUUGCUGUUGGCUACAAUAGGAGAACAGUUCAGCGACUUCUGUGCCUCAGAGGAUGAAGUGGUUGGGGUCAGCGUCAGUGUUCGAGACAGAGAAGACGUAGUCCAGGUCUGGAAUGAAAACGCCUUCUGCUCCAACGAGUCCAACGUCCUGGGAAAAAUCUACCAGCUCCUUCCACAGAUUUCUUUCAAAGCAGUGUUUUACAAACCCCACGAGGAGCACCACGCCUUUGAAGGAGGCCGAUCACGACACUAGCACGCUCUUGCACGCCAAACCUUUCGCGGUGUACAGUGUUCCUCCCUGCUGAUGAAGGUGUUUUGGGUCAUGGCGCUCAGGCAAACCACAGAGCGGUUGAGUUAUUCCUCAUAAGUACCUCAAUCCAGCCUAAGUUACAUGAUUCAGACAAAUGAGACGUCACUUUUUUCUGAAAAGUACUGACUUUUCAGAACAAAUGUAUUUGUCUAUUUUAGUCAAAACUGGUUUAUUUUAUAGUGUUUUAUACUAGAAUGUUUUACAAAACCAGAAAUGAAAGAUUAGCGUUUUCUCCCCCUUAAGUUACAUGCAAUCAAAAAUAGUUACUGAGUAUUUCUUUUUUAUUCAAAUGAAUGCACAGUUUUACAAAACAGACUGGCUAAAAGAGGUUAUUUUAGUUUUUUUCUCUUUCGAAAUAGUAUUUCAGACAUUUUUUAUUGUGAACUCUACACAGAAGUCUGUUUAAUCAUAAGCCUAACAUCAAAGCAAAAUGUUGCACACUUGUUUUGCCUUGUAAGGACUUACUGGAAUGGACAAAGAAGUUCCCAAUUAUUGUUGUAAAAUUGACGUUGCCAAAAGUAGUUGAGGAAAAACUUUUUUUUUUUGUUGUUCUGUCUCAGAUAUGCACAUCACAUUUGUAUGCAAUUGUUUUUGUUAGCAUUUGUAAUUAUCUAAUUAAGUGAUUAAUCUAAUUUGCUAAUUUUAUUUUUAUCAGGUAUCAACUCUAACACAACGGUGGCCUUGUUUUUUGUUUUUAUUUGACCCAAAUUAAAAUAAAUGACUUUGGCUCCCACAAAAAGAGCAACAAUAGGCUUACAUUUAUUUGUACACUUAAACCUUUUUUUAAGGCUGGAAAUGUUGUUUUCAGUGCUUAUUAUAAAAAAAUGAAGCACUAAAAAGGCUGCAUAUCUUUUUUUUAUUAGGACUGCUACAGUGUGUUUUAUUAAAUUUUGACACCGCUGUGGGGUGUUUGUAAAAAUCCUGAUAUUGUGGCUUUCAUUUAUCAAACCUAUUGUUUGUAGCAAUGAUGGUUCAGGCUAAGAUUAACAACGGUAAACAUGUUGAUUGUUUUGUUUGUCUGUUUUUCCUACUCUUUUUUUUGUCUCUGCUAUUCUAUAGUUCAUAUGACAGUAAAUGUGCAAACUCUUUUUCUCUAAAGUCCAUUGGUGUUCUGUGCCCCGUGUUAAUCAGCCAUUUGCACUGUUAAAAGUUCUCUGUUCAGCCUGUUGAAAUUAUGUGUUUGUGUACAUUUACAAUUGUGUGUUUUUCUCAGUUUUACACCUUUGAAUGAAAAAAUAAAGUUUAUUGAAGGUUUA